GACCUUGCUGGCUUCAAAAUGGCGCAGGCAGCACAAAAACUUGUUGGGGUCGGCGCUAAAUUGGCCAAUUCUCUCGCUACAAAAGGCCCAGCUACCGCGCAAAAAAUUGUUGCGUUCGGCCAGCCACGGUUGAUGACCUUUUGGAAGUAUGCCAAAGUUGAGAUGAUGCCACCGAUGCCAUCGGAAUUCCCGGCAGUCCAGCAAGGAUUCAUGAAUCUGAUCAAAUCCGCUCAGAAGGGAAAAUGGAUGACAGUCACCAUGAAGGAGGCAGCCAUCAACACGGCAAUCACUGCAGAGAUAGCAUUCUGGUUCUUUGUCGGCGAGCAGAUCGGCCGUGGUAGCGUAGUUGGGUAUUACAUCCCAGGAGCCGUCCAUUACGACCCUGGUAUCUAAUGUGAGGCACUUUUAGGAAAUUAGACAGUUUGUAAAUAUAUCGCGAACAGAUUUGAGAAGUAGAUAAUUACGUUGGACUGGAACUGUGCUGGUUGGACUAAAAGUUCUGUGCUGCAAUUCCAUUUGACAUCCUUUGGAAAUGCUUCCUGUGGACUCCUUACUGAACUAUUUAUUGUCGAAACUAACUCAAGACUUCAGGGCAACUUUUUGGAAUCACAGACAUGUCUGUUCUUCGGGAUUCUUUUAACUUUGCCAUGAAGUUUCUGUGAAUUGUUUCAAUGUCAGUGCAUGAAAAAAUCUUGAGUUGAAACUGUUUCUGCAGAAAAUUUUACACCUUAAAAUUCCAGUUCUUAUCUUGUACUAUCUUGGACUUGGACUUUCUGCCAAAGAUUUAGAAUUCAAUGUUUCGUGAAAUGGGAGUCCAAAAGUCUUGACCAGAGAAACCAAAGGUGAAGGGACUCUCAUUCAGAUUAACUUAAGACCAAGGAUAAACAAUCUGUAUCGGUGGACCAUAUCGAAGUCAGCUAGAAGAAUGAAGUGUUUUAGAAUUUUGUGAUUAAACUAUCUAACCAUG